GUGUAAUUUUUAAAGGUAGCGCUACAGAUCUGUGCUCGUUACCAAUUGCUAACCUGUUAUCAUAUCACAAUUAGUCCCUUUAUUGGCAAUUCAGAGGGAUGUCUUUAGCUGAUGAACUUUUGGCUGAUCUCGAGGGAGCCGAAACAUCAGAGGAACUGAUUGCUGAUUCCACUUUGCAUGAACUUGAAGAUGUUACCUUGUCAAGUGUAGACAAAUUGGAUGAUUUUCAGUCACACACAUCGAUUUCGAGAGUUAAAAAUCAGUUCAAGACUGCUUCUUUUGCUGAUGCUCCUAUAACUGCUUAUGCAAAGUUAAGGAAUAGUGACAGAUUAACUAAUAUAAUGUCAGAUCUUGAUCAUUUUGCAAAACAAAAGAAACGUGAUCGAAUUCAUGGACCUGUUGAAGCAGAUCCAGAAUACCAGUGUAUUGUUGAGGCCAACAAUUUGAUGGUGGAGAUAGAUAAUGAAAUUAAUAUUAUUCACAAAUACGUCAGGGAUUUAUAUUCAAUGAGAUUCCCUGAGCUCGAGUCUCUGGUACCAGGUCUGCUUGAUUAUUUAAAGAUUGUACUGGUAUUAGGAAAUGAUAUUCUUGAACGAUCCAAACAAACUGAUCUCCUUGCAUCAUUUUUAACGCCAGCAACAAUUAUGGUUGUAUCUGUUACCGCGUCAACUACCCAAGGAUCUGCUCUUACAUCGAAUCAAUUAUCACGGAUUGUUGAAGCGUGUACAAUGGCAAUUGAAUUGCAAGAAAUGCGUGUUACAAUGUUGGCCUAUGUAGAAUCACGUAUGUCUUUCAUUGCCCCAAAUACAAGUAUUCUCGUUGGUGCAUCAACAGCGGCAAAAUUAAUGGGUCAUGCUGGUGGUUUAACUGCUCUCACAAAAAUGCCAUCAUGUAAUAUACUUGUUUUGGGUGCACAAAAACGUCUCUUAUCGGGUUUCAGCAAUACUUCAGUCUUGCCACAUACAGGAUAUAUUUUUAAUUCAGAGAUUGUACAAAAGCUACCUCCAGAUUUACGCUUGAAGGCUGCUCGAUUGAUUGCUAAUAAAGUUGCAUUGGCUGCACGUGUAGAUUUAUUUCAUGAAUCGCCAGAUGGACAUAUUGGAGAGAAGCUUUUGUUAGAAAUUGAACGAAAAUUUGAUAAAUGGCAAGAACCACCACCAGUUAAGACAAUUAAAGCUCUUCCAGCUCCGAUAGAUCCACCAGCUAAAAAACGGGGUGGUCGACGUUAUCGAAAAAUGAAAGAGCGUCUAGGUAUGAGUGAUUUAAGACGAUCAGCAAAUAGAAUCCAGUUUGGAGAAAUUAGCGAUGAUGCAUAUCAAAACGAUCUAGGAUUUUCAUUAGGCUCGCUCGGUCAGCGUGGUAUUGCUGGGCGUUUACGUGCACCACAAGCAGAUUCAAAGACAAAGGCUCGAGUGAGCAAAGCAUUACAGCAGAAGUUAUCGAAAUUUGGAGGUAUGUCUACUAUGCCAACAACUGCAUUGGGUGCUGCAAGCUGGGGUGGGAAUUCUACGGUCCGUAAACAUGUAGCUGGUACCUCAUCUUCUAUCGCCUUUACACCUUUACAGGGUCUGGAAAUCGUUAAUCCACAAGCUGCAGAAAAACCAAUGGAAAUCGGCAAUAAGUAUUUCAGUAGUACAUGCGGAUUUAAAAAGAUUCAGCAAAAAUCAAAAGAGGAUGAACAGGUGAAAAAUGGGGUUUAGUAGAUGCGAAAUAAGAAGUUAUGCUUUAUGUACAAAAAAACAAUACGAGUAAUAAUAAUAACUGUACAUUCUGAACCUUUAAUACACUUGUUACUAUAUGAUGUAUAAUACAACUUCUGUGUGUGAUAAAAUACAAACAUAUAUUGUCAGUCUUUCAA